AUGGAAUCAACAUCCAUUGAUGCAAAUGGUGUUGAAGAGAGAGAAGAGCUGAUGGUGUUUCCCAGUGAGAGUAACAACAAUCUACCUAUCAUCAGAAAAACCCAUUUUCUGGAACACCAUAAUGGGUCUGAAGCUAUUCGUCGUCCAGCUCCUUGUUCUGACUUAAAGGCGUCGCCUUUGUGCGUAACCUUUUGUGGUUGGAGGUUACCGAACCAAAAAUUCAAGUCUUGGUUUCGAAAAAUGGCUGCUUUGCACAAACCCACCUGGAUAAAAGCUGGAAUCUUUGAAGCAAUUCAAGCAUCGACUUACAAAAUCAACAAAAACACAUCUCUGAUUCUAUCUCUCGCUCGAAAAUGGAGCCCUGAAACCAGAACCUUCGUCUUCCCUUGGGGUGAAGCAACGAUAACCCUCGAGGAUGUAACUGUGCUUCUGGGUUUUUCUGUUCUGGGUUCGUCUGUCUCUGCUCCUCUCGAAAGAUCAGAGAUGGACGAAGCCGUUGAGAAACUGGAGAGACGAAGAAAGGAGAGUGUGAAGCAGUUUUCAUGGAUUUCAAGCUUUGUAGAUGAUCAAAUGGAGCAUGAAGCUUUCCUUGUUUUUUGGCUUUCGAAUUUUGUGUUUCCUGAUAAGUCUGGUUGUUCGAUUUCAAAAGCUGUUUUCCCUAUCGCUGUUCGUCUAGCUAGAGGUGAAAGGAUUUCUCUUGCGCCUGCUGUUCUUGCCAACGUCUACAGAGAUUUGGGUAAAAUCCAUGCUUUAGCCUCUAAUCAAAAAGUUAGGCUCCACUCUCUACUUAAACUAGUUCAAGUAUGGACAUGGGAGAGAUUCAAGAGCAUAAGACCACAAGCUAAACUGAUACCAAGGGGUGAACCUAGAAUUGCUCAAUGGAGCGGUCUGAAACAGAAGCUUGAGAACGUGGGACUGUUUCUUCUUGAUGAUUUUGAUUGUCGUCCUUAUACUAAACCGUUAAUGAACUGGAACCCACCUCGGUUCUACAGUGAAGAAGCUAAGAGGAUAAGCAUUGAUGGUAACAGUCUUGAUGAUGAUGAUGAUGAUGAGCUUGUUUCGUUUGCUCGAUGUGUGAGAGUUUCCAAGCUUGUUGGGAUUGAUUUUACAGAGGAUUACUAUCCAAAUCGAGUAGGAAUGCAAUUCGGAUUGGCUCAAGAUAUUCCUGUUUCAGUUACUAAUCAUAGGAGCAACUUCACAGAAAAGGAAGCAAGGGAGGAUCACAAUAGGCCUCUUGAUGGUUCAAAGCAAUGCAUUCCUUCUCGCCUUACCAAAGCUUCCGUUACUGCUGCCAGAUACCGAGACUGGUGGAUGAAAUCAGUUUCCAAAAUCCAGAAAGAACCAGCCGAAACUUUCAAUGCAAGCAAUACAGUUGAUCACUAUGACGAUAGUGAUGAUGAUGUAUCUCUUAAGGUAGUGCCACUGAGCCAAGUGUUUGAAAAGCUAGGAGAUGGAAAGAAAAAAACUGAGCAGUUGAAAAACAAGAGACGCAAGUGCGCUAGCGCUGGUGAGGAUGACAACGAGAGUGCUAUGGAUUACCUUCCUCAAAAGGUUGCUUCUGGAGAUAAUCACAACAGCUCUUCUGGAGAUAAUAAUGGAGUAGCUGAGAAGGAAAAAGACGAUAACAUUACCACAGCUCAGAUUAUCAAUUCUAAAAAGAAGUGUGGUGAUGAUGUAGAGAAUACUGAAGGAGGAGGAGAUGCUUAUGGUGGACCUGAGGUGGAUUCCAAUGUUUCAGGCCUUGCUCAAAAGCUUGCCUAUGGAGCUGAAACUGUAGCAACAACAGAAAUAAAGCAAAUGAGUGAAGAGAGUGAUAAAAAAAACUCAGCAGAUCCUUCUAAUGGAGCAGCUGAGAAGGAAGAAGAAGAUGAUGAUGAAAGAUGGAAGCUGAGGAAACUUGCAAUAGAGGAGCUAGCACUGAAGCUGGAAGCACGUAUUUUGAAGGUGGAGAAGACGUUGGCAAAGAUUAAACAAUGGAAGAUGAGGAAAAACCUCAUCAAAACUCCAGUUUCUGCUUAGGCUAUA